UUCCAACGGUAACCAGAUGGAACCCAAACAAAACCGUAGUCAAAAGCCAAAUUUUCCACCCGAGGAAAGAUUUUCCGUGGAAAAAUUCGGAUUCGAUCCGAUCGCAAGGAAUCGAGGUUAAAGUCUUGCAACUUAUCGGAUUUAGUUCCACAUUGGUGGCAAAUUGGAACCGAAGUGAUACUAAUUAGUUUAUAACAUCACAAUACCACUUCGCCAUUGCCGGAGUUGCAGCGCCGCAUACCAGCCAGGGGUAUGUUCCUAAGCAAAACGAAAGCCACCGAAAAGUGGCUGGACGCUCAGUGUGAUGGAACGGCGGCACUUCACACCUUACCGUCCUGUAUGUCCUUGUGUGACCUCAAGAACGACAACUACUAUCAGCUGGUCAUCGUGGAUGUCCCCCUAUUUGAUUUCGACACCAAACCCAAGUUGAAGGUCUACAAAGGAACCAAUCUCACCAGCGAGCAAAACCUACCGGGGAUCCCUUCCGCGGUGGAAAGUCUCUAUAUCAACGAACAGGAACCUAAGAUUCCCAUAAUCGCCGUAGCCGUCGCAUCCUCGGUCCUCUUCUAUCGCAACAUGAAACCAUACUACAAAUUUACCAUCCCCGGAAUGGACAUCGAUCCGCUCGAGGUCGACACAUGGAAGAAGCUGCUCAUCGAGCGGCCGGAAAAUUACGACAAAUUCAUCGACAAUCUCCGAACCCUUCAGCUAUUCCAACUAACCGAGCAGUCCCAGGAACUCCUCUUUCUCCCCGAGGACAAACGCGCAUCGUUCAUCCAGCAGAACGCCAACAACGAACUGGAACGCCUAUCGAUCAUCACCGCGAUGGCCUCGAUCAAGAAAGCCGCCAACGAUUCCAAGUCGGCUUCCUGCUUGAUCCUGGCCACCGAAUCUGGUGAAAUUUUGAUCCUGGACACGCAAGCCUUCGUUGUGCUGCAUCAGGCACGGGCCUGCAACUUUCAAGGGACACCCAGUAUCAUCUCGGCCACCGGCCAGUACGAUAUUGAUUUCCGACUGGUGAUUGCUACCCGCGAAGGCUCCAUAUGCCUGCUGAAGAAAGGCUGGCUAGUUGGGCAUCACAUCGUCAAGCUGGAACAUCCAACCGCCGGUUUGGCACUGCUGCCGAUCGAUCAAACGAUCGUGGUCGUUUGCAUGAACAACUAUCUACUAUGCUAUUCGAAGAAAGGCAAGAAACUCUGGUCGGUAACGCUGCCCCAGCCGGCGGUUUGCAUGACUCCGGUCCCAUUGCCGCAUCUGGGCAUCAGUCUGGUCUGCGUAGCCCUGCGUGGCGGAUUGGUUCAGUUCUACUGUCAGAAGAAACUGGUUGAUCAGUUUUAUGCUCCGGAGACCGUGUCGGCACUGACGUUCGGCCGGCUCGGUCAAGAGGAGCACGUACUGAUCCUGGUCACUUCCGAUGGUUCACUAAUUGUGAAAAUCCUCAAACGGACGGCAGAGUUUGCGAUCACAGAAAAUAUAUACGACACCAAAACCACGAGUGAAGAAGCGUCUGGGAAUUUGCAGAUACCGAAGAAGACAAAAAUAUUCGUCGAGCAGACACUGAGGGAGAAGGAACAUGCGGCGGCUAUCCAUAAUUCAUUUCAGUCGGAACUGUGGCGCAUGCGGCUGACGGCAGCCCGGGCAACGGUGGACGUUAUCAAUUCGGCCGAUAGUAACAUUUCCGGUGAUGUUGGCAUGGCAGCGAUCAAGAUGGCCGCAGAAGUGCUGGGGUUGGGACCGGUAUUUAAGCUUUUCUUGAUUUUGGAGAAUAUUUCAGCACGAAAGGAGGCUAGCGGGUUGAACGUACUAAUCCAGGCGGAUCACAGGCAUUAUGUGGUGGACAGGCCGUAUCUGAAGAUGCCUAUGCUGGUGCCGGGGGCACCUCUGAAGUUGGAUUUCAAAGUCACGGUGGUGACUGAUCCAAGCGAUGGACUUGCGCCGGUGGACUUGACGCCGGAGAAUUCCUUCAUCAAAGUGUUGAUUUUCAAAACAGGCCAUACCAAACCGCUUAUCGCUUCAACAGUUGUGAUGCCGCAGCCAGAACCGCAGAUACUGGGCUCAUUUUGA